CUAACCGCCCAUCCGGCCUACAGUGCUGAUCUGUUUCUGUCGGUGCGAACACUACAACCGAGAAGAUCUGUGUAGCUGUAAACACACUGUAUUAGUGUAUAUCGUUUUUGCAGGAUCUGCAGUUUGACCUACAUGCAUAUGGCGACUAUGAUCGGAUCUCAUCUGACACAAGGGGAGGGGGGGGAUGGACAUGGUUCUGCCCGUACCCUCAAGUGCAGUUUUUGCGACAAGGAGUUUCUCUGCAAAAGCAAGCUCAAUCGACACCUGCGGACUCACACAGGUGAGAGACCAUACAGUUGUGAGGCAUGCAGUAAACAAUUCCGUCAGCUGGGCCAUCUAAGCAUGCACAUGAGAACUCACACCGGUGAAAAACCGUACCGAUGUGAGGAGUGCAGCAAGCAGUUCAGUACUUUGAGCGAGUUGAAGAUGCAUAUUCGAAUUCACACCGGUGAAAAACCGUACACGUGUGAUCAUUGCAACAAAGGCUUCAGUCAGUUAGCUCAUCUGAAAACCCACAUGCGGACACACACGGGGGAAACCCCAUACAGAUGUGAUGAAUGUAGCAAGCAGUUCACUACGUUGACACAUUUAAAGAGUCAUAUACGGACUCACACUGGAGAAAAACCGUACAGGUGCGAAGUGUGCAGCCAACAGUUCUCAGAGUUGUCCAAUUUGAAAAGGCAUACGCGGACGCACACUGCUAAUAGAUAGAGUUUGUAACAUAUGCGGCAGAAAGUUGUGGUUUAAUAUUACAGAAGCUCUCCUGGCCUAAGAAGGGUGGUAUAAAACCUGUGAUGGAUUGGAACGUAAAAAAAAAACGGUUGUAAUUAUAGAUUCUUUCUAACUAGCUUAUACCAUAGGCAUCACUUUCGUCGCAUGUAUUUUGUAGGUUAUUAAUUAGAAUC